CGAUGAGGAGAGUCGAAGUCGAGCAUUGCAGGAAGCAAUCAUCAGCGUUCAGCCAUGGCCAUAGCCGCCACCAUUUCUCUUCCUAUUACUUCUCCGACGCGCCGCCACAACAGUCUUCUUCGCCAUUCUUCUUCCACCACGCUAUCCGUUUUGGCCACUCCUCAACGCACUCUUAAAUACACUAACCCUCGCAUCGUCGCUUCUUCUUCUUCGAUGAGCAUCGAUGCUCCCGUCAAAACCUCAACCAGUUCGUUUCUCGAGCGCAAGGAGUCCGGCUUCCUCCACUUCGCCAAGUACCACGGCCUCGGAAACGACUUCGUUUUGAUUGAUAAUAGAGACUCUUCGGAGCCAAAGAUCACUGCUGAGAAAGCCGUUCAGCUCUGUGACCGUAACUUUGGCGUUGGUGCCGAUGGAGUUAUCUUUGUUCUUCCUGGAAUCAAUGGCACUGACUAUACCAUGAGAAUUUUUAAUUCUGAUGGUAGUGAACCGGAGAUGUGUGGCAAUGGAGUGCGAUGCUUUGCCAAAUUUGUUUCUCAGCUUGAGAAUUUACACGGCAGGCACAGUUUUACCGUACACACUGGUGCUGGUCUCAUUGUUCCCGAAAUCGUAGAGGAUGGGAACGUCAGAGUUGAUAUGGGGGAGCCGAUUCUUAAACCAUCAGAUGUGCCUACUAAGUUACCUGCAAAUAAGGACGGUGCUGUUGUUAAAGCAAAACUAGAUGUAGAUGGAGUUACAUGGAAUGUCACUUGUGUUAGCAUGGGAAAUCCACACUGUAUAACAUUCAGUAAUGAAGAAAGCCAGAAUUUGCUUGUUGAUGAUUUGAAGCUAGCAGAAAUUGGUCCAAAAUUUGAAAAUCAUGAGGUGUUCCCUGCACGAACUAACACAGAGUUUGUACAAGUUCUGUCUAAUUCUCACCUGAAGAUGUGUGUUUGGGAGCGUGGAGCAGGUGCAACUCUAGCCUGUGGAACUGGAGCUUGUGCCACAGUUGUUGCAGCAGUUCUUGAGGGUCGAGCUGGGAGGAAUUGCACGGUUGAUCUACCUGGAGGGCCUUUGCUGAUUGAGUGGAAGGAGGAAGAUAAUCAUAUUUAUAUGACAGGCUCAGCAGACCUUGUGUUUUAUGGAUCUUUGCCCCUUUGAUAUGCUUGCGCAAUUGCCCCAUAAAUGAUAUUGUUAAACUCAAUCCUCUGUUAAUUACCAAUUAUGGAAUAAAUUAUAUAUUAGAGGUGCAAACUUCAAUUUUGUUUGGUCGACAGGUUGAAUAGGUUGAAUGACUGUUUUUUAUGUUGUA